UAUCUGUGAUUUUUUGUAAAAAAUUCUAGUUCAGAUUUGAAUUCGGCGUGAAUUGGAGAAAAAUUCAAAAAAUGAAUAAGUUUUUACCUUUUUUGGCUAUUUUAGCCAUUAUUUGUGCAAAUAACGUUAAUGGAAAGGAAGUGGUUUGUUAUGUCGAUAUCUCAUCCAAUGCAGGAUACCAACUUUUAUCUACCCUGAAGCCUAAUUUGUGUACGAUGGUGAAUUUAGCCUUCGCUCAAGUCGAUGCUAAUGGAAAUAUUUUGGCGAGUGCCAUGACGAAUCUUGGAAAUUUUCUCAACUUUAGAGGAACACAAAAAGCUCCCAAAAUGCUUUUGUCGAUAGGGGGCGCUGCAGAUUGGUGGAGUUUACAGAACUUUGUUCAAAUCGCAGCAAGUCCUUCUUUGAGAGACGCUUUUGCUCAAUCUUGUUUAACAACUUGUCAACAAUACGGUUUGAGUGGCAUCGAUGUCGAUUGGGAAUUUCCUUCUUCAAGCGAUCGUCAGAAUUUUGUCGAACUUCUCAGAGCAGUGAAAGCAAAAUUAGCUCCUGCUGGAUACUUGUUGACAGUUGCUGUCGGAACUUCCAAUUGGUGGGCUGUUGGAUCGGGAGGCUUGGAUGUUGCCGGAGUCGGGCAAGUUGUUGAUUACGUGAAAAUGAUGACGUACGAUUUUCAUGCAAAUGCUCAAUGGGAUGUCAGUUUCGGAUUGUACUUCAAUGCGCCAAUGGAUGAUGUCGCAGGACGCGAUUCAAUGGUUAAUAGUUUGAAUCUCUUCAGUUCUGUGGAUUCGCAAAAGUUAAUUCUUGGAUUGCCGUUGUAUGGAAAUGCUUAUGCAAGAGCGGGAUCUGUCAAUGUUGGAGCUUCUUAUUCAUCAAAUUGGCCAAGUACGGGAGUUUCGCCUUCUUAUAAUGAAAUUUGUGCAAGAACUGGAAUGACAAAAGUUGCUGGAUCAGCACCCCAAUGGACUCCGUAUAUGUAUGACAGUAGCUUAUGGAUUUCGUAUGAAAAUCCCGAGAGUGUUACGAAAAAAGCGAGUUUGGUAAAUACGAGAAAUUUGGGAGGAGUUAUGGUUUGGUCUUUGGAAAAAGAUGACCAAACAGGCGCUUGUGAUACAUGUCCUUUCCCGUUAAUGCGAGCGAUCAAUAAUGCUGUUGGAAGAUAUGUCGAUUGCUCUUUUACCUUAUCCGGAAAUAGCUCUUAUCCCGUUAUGCCAGAAUUACCUGAUCCAGUUGACACGACAACGACUUCUACUACGACAACAACCGCUUCUUCCAACCCUGAUGGAGCAUUGCAAGUUUGUCCUACUUCAGGCUACUUCAAGCACCCGGAUUGCACAAAAUUCUACCAUUGUGCAUGGCCCGGACAGGCGCCAUACACGCAAAAUUGCCAACCCGGCUUAUUCUGGAACAAUCAACAGCAAUAUUGUGAUUGGAAUUGUGUGCCAUAACGGAACUUGUUUGCAGAAUUAAUCAUUUGUUUGAUUUCCCCCAAGAAUGUUUCCACGUGAAUUGAUGGAAUAUUUUCCAAAAAUGCAUUAAUAAAAUUGUAAAAUAUUGACAGCAACCGAGAGAAACAAGAGAUAAAUAAAUUU